AUGUUGAGUCUUUGCCGGACAAAAGCCCUUCAAACGCUCCUUGUCAAUAUCACCAUUCUACAAAGUGCCAUAGCAAAGGGAGCAGUUUGUUUGGAUGGAAGUGCACCAGCAUUCCUUUUUCACAGCGGAACUGGCUCGGGAGUUCAGAAUUGGCUUCUUCACCUUGAGGGAGGUGGAUGGUGUUCUACUGUUUCAGAAUGCCUCAGUCGUACUAAUCAGCCAAUUGGAUCUUCAAAAAAUAUGCCUCUGCAAGGUGCUUUCACUGGAGUUCUAAGCAAUGACCCUGACAUGAAUCCUGUCUUCUAUGACUGGAAUAGAGUCAAGGUCAAGUACUGUGACGGGUCAUCUUUUACUGGUGAUAUUGAAGAAGUUGAUCCAGCAACUAAUCUCCACUACAGAGGAGCAAGAAUUUUCAAGGUGAUAGUGGAGGAAUUAUUAGCUAAAGGAAUGUCUAGUGCUCAAAAUGUUAUCUUGAGUGGAACUUCAGCUGGAGGAUUGGCUGCACUACUAAAUUGUGACAAAUUCAAAAAUUUCCUCCAAAUGGACACUAGGUUGAAAUGCAUUUCGGAUGCUGGUUUCUUUCUUAAUGUAAAUACAAUUGCUGGUAAACCGGAGAUUAAAGAGCUGUAUGAGAGAGUUGUUGUGUUGCAUGGGUCUACCAAGAACCUUCCAGCAUCUUGCACCUCCACUUUAAAGCCAAGUUUGUGCUUCUUCCCUCAGUAUGUAGCACGACAUAUUCAAACACCCCUUUUCAUAAUUAAUUCGGCCUAUGAUUCCUGGCAAGUAAAUAAUAGUUUGGUUCCUGAAGAUGCUGACCCUCAAGGCAUUUGGAAUAAUUGCAAGAAAUAUAUAAAUGAAUGCUCACCUAGUCAACUCAAUAUUCUCCACGAUUUCAGGUUGAAGUUUUUAAAUGCACUAACGGAAUUAGGAGGGACUUCAUCUAUAGGAUAUUUCAUAAUAUCCUGCCAUUCCCAUAAUAUCAUAGAAAGACAAAGUUAUUGGUUCUACAAUAACUCUCCAACAUUAUCUAACAAGACAAUUGCCAUAGCUGUUGGAGACUGGUUCUCUGAAGAAAGUGUAUUUCAGAACACAGAUUGUCCUUACCCUUGUGGCCAAAAAUUCUGCCAUUAGGAACAGCUAAUUAAAUUAGGUUGUUGUAUCAUCAUAAAUUAGCUAUGUUUUUCAACAUA